CCUCAAAGAAGCUCAGGACACAGAACAUUUAAAAAUUUUGUGACUUAUUCCUAGUCCCCGCAUGACCAAGAAAGUUAACCAAAUGAAUUUUUGUGAUGUUUCUGAGGAUGUCAAACAGUAUUUGUGGGAUGGCACGUAUGCCAAUCUCAGAUUAACCAAAGAGUGCAAUCCUGAUUCUUCGAAUGGCCAUGAUGAAAUUCUUCACCAAAUCAUUUCCAGUUUAUCCAAGCCACCAAGAUACACAGUUUUACGAAUAAACACUUUGCAAACUACCAUGGAUGAAGCUCAUUCAUGUCUACAAGAAUAUAUUCAACAGGAAUACAAAUGCAAAUCAUCCCCAUGUUUCAGCAUUGCUAGGCAUCACAUCAUACCAGACAUAUUACUUGUGUCCGCAUCAGAUAUUUCAAUAAGGCCCAAAGAAUAUAAUGAUCAAGUGAUAGUUGGCUAUCAGUGUGGAGUUGCUGUUUCAAGAGGUGCCCAAGUAUUUGCACCAGGAGUAUUGGCUGCUCCAGCCGGAAUGAAUAGAGGUGACAUAGUUUCAGUAUACUCUGAUGUUGAAAGCAACUGCAGGAGAGGUUUAAUAAAACCAUUUCAUGGAAAGAAACUUUUUGUUGGCAAUGGCAAGGCCAAGAUGUCAAGAAAUGAAAUUUUCGGCUCUCCUACAGCACCAAGUGGUAUUGCAGUGACCAUGACAGAGCCCUUGUAUCCUUCACCAUCUCUCAAUGGCUUUUUAUCACAUAGCGUUUUUCUACAAAAUCUUCCAUCGGUUGUUACGUCACACGUACUAGGGCCCAGGCCUGGUGAGAUAAUCCUUGAUAUGUGUGCUGCUCCAGGUGGUAAAACGACGCACAUUGCCCAGAUUAUGCAGGAUAGGGGCACUGUUAUCGCACUGGACAAAAGUAAACCGAAAAUAGCAAAGAUAAAGCGAAACUUAAACCAUCUGAAAUUGACUUGCGUCAAACCGUUUCUUUGGGACGCCACGCGCGCUGUUUGUGAAAACGUCUACGAAGAAGGCGAAUCAGAAAUUUUGAAACCACCAUUUCCACCUAAUUCGUUUGAUCGCAUUCUUCUCGACGGCCCUUGCAGCGCUUUGGGUCAAAGACCGCAACACACCUGUAAUAAGUCCAGACAUGAACUGGAGUCGUUCCCAGUCUAUCAAAGGAAGCUUUUUAAUGUGGGAGUAAAGUUGCUUAAAACCGGGGGCACAUUAGUGUACUCGACUUGCACGAUUACCUCGGAAGAAAACGAAAGACAAGUGGCUUGGGCUUUGAAAAAAUUCCCAUGUCUGCAAUUAAUGAAACAAGAUAUCCAUGUUGGAGGUGUUGGUUUGGCGAAUUGUGGUCUCGAUGAUCAACAAAGAUUUUUAGUUCAAAGAUUUGAUCCAUUAGAUAUAAGCGAGGAGAUUAGGAGUAAAGACAAGCAUCCUGCUGAUACAGACACCAUUGGUUUUUUUGUCGCAAAAUUUUGUAAAAAUUCAGGUGACAUUACAGGUUCGAAUUGAAAUUUUCGAAGUUAGUGGAACUCGUGUAGCUCGUACCUUCUUCACUUGUUCUUGUGGUCGCACAUGAUUUUUACUACACGGAAAAACAAUUGAACCUCCUUUAAGUCGACUUCAAAAGAUCCUCGAGUUGACUUCGUAGUUCUAUGAUUAUAUAAAAGCAUAAAUAAGUUCAACACCGUGAGAGUAAACCCGAGGUAAUGUGCGAAGAAUUUAGUAAUGUGGGAGAAUGGGCACGAAUUAGUGAUAAGUCGAAGGAAAGCUUGAAAGUACCGUGAUAUUUCUUUUCAGCGAAACCAUUGUUUUGAUGCAUGUUGGAAAGUUUACCUGGAAAUAAAAUAUUUUUUUUUAAUAAAAACUUUCACCAGUUGCAUCUUUAAA